UCACUUCACUUCUCUGUAACAAAUCCUCCCUUCUCACUUAGUCUUAUUCAGGAUCACAAAGAAUCAAAAAAUGGACAUCAAAAUUCUACUGGAUUUAGUACCCCAGGAGAAUCUAAUUAAAUUUCUUCGUUGCAAGAAAACGGAGAUCUGCUCGUACGUGAACGAUCCUCACACGUUCCUCAAGAUUCUCAGAGACCACGAGCUGAUACCUGACGAUCACUACGAGAAGGUAAUGAAGAGGAAAGGUAAGCAGAGAAUGCAGGAAAGCCUGUAUGAGAUUUUGGACUGGCUGGCGAAUGAGCAAGGACAGAUGAUAAAGCAGUUCUGGAGUUGUGUGUUUCAGGAACACAUCCUGCAGAAAAAUCCUUUACUGCGUCAGCUCCAAACCAGCCUUCUGAAUGGGCCACAGGCCAGUGCAGAGACAGAUGAAUCCAGUGAAGCGGUAUUAAUUCCAUUAGAGCAGCUGAUUACUUUUUUUCGCCACAAGAAGACAGAGAUAUCAUCUCGGAUGGAAGACCCACAGCUUUUCUUCGACCAUCUCGAAGACCACGGUCUGAUAUCUGAGGAUCUUUACCAGAAGGUAAUAAAGAUGAAAAGUAUGGACAGAAGGCAGAAUGCUGUGUAUAUGGUUUUGAAAAGCCUGGAGAAGGAGCCAAAUAAAAUAAAGGAGUUUUGGAGUUGUGUGUUUAAGGAGCACAUCAUGCUGAAAUAUCCUUUUCUGCGGAAAAUACAAGACAGCCUUAACAGAUCUGUCUUCCUUAAUCAAAACCUGCCCUGGCCAGAGAAACCGACAGGAAAUGAGGGAAAGCAGGUAGAGCAAAAGAAAUGUGGAACAAAGAGAAAGAAGAGUGUUGAUGAGACAGAAGAGGAGGAUGCAGGUCCUUCUUCUGUGUCCAGCUCCAGCUGUGGAAUUCAUAUCAUUCCAGAUGAUUCCAGUAAAGACUCUGUUAGUAAUUUCAGUGAAGACUCUGAUGACCUCAGCGAGACAGAGGAUUUGUCUAAGUUUGAGGCUACAGAGUUACCUGUCAGCUGUGGUUCAGUCACUGGUGUUUUACAUAAAUGCAGAUUUAGAGGACCACACAGUAAGAGCAUCCGCACAGAGGAGCGAUGGUUCAGUCCUGAGGAGUUUGUAAAGCAAGGACCUCUGACUGAUGGAGACUGGAUGAAAAAUAUAUUGUGUCACGGCAAAACCCUUGGCUCCCUGAUGAAGUUCCUGGAUUUCCAUCCACUGGAAUGUCGCUGUCAUGUGUGCUGUCCUAAAAACCCAGAUAAAGAUGAUCUGUGCUUCAUUUGUAAUGAUGGAGAAAAGUUGGUGUUCUGUACCAAGUGUCCAAGAGCUUUCCAUCAUCUCUGUCACGUACCAACUGUGCAGGACAAAACAUUUGGGAUCAAUAGGAUGUGUACUUUCUGUGUGUUGAAGGCCAGAAAGGAACAGUGGGCUCACAUGAGCAAGGAACAAGCUUUGGCCAGUCAUUUUACCAGAAACAUCUUGCGCUGUGAGUAUUUGCUGAUGGUCUUAUAUAAAACGGAUACCAAGCAUGAGUUUCAUCACAAUCCCUCAGUAACUGAGGAGAGCGUCAGCAGUGUGAUUUCUAAACCCAGCUGGCUGAACAAAGUAAGGCGCAAGAUGGAGAAAAACAAGUACACAACAGUGAGGGAGUUUGUGAAGGACAUCAAUCUCAUCUUUGAAAACUACGAAGCCUUUCACGAUGACAAUGCUGACUCAAUGGGAGCCAAAAUGAAAAAGAUCUUUGAUGAGGAGUUUGACACCAUCUUUAAAAUCCAGUAGCCUUUUUUCCAUCACAAACUGCAUCUCAUUGGAAAAGAUGCAACAAAAAACAACUACAUUAUGUUGAUUUUUUUGCAUUGACAGAAUUCUCUUGUUAACUUCUUAAGCUGUAACAUUGAUAGCAUCUGAUUAUUUAAGUGAACUUAUCUUUUAUUAAUCUUUCUUGUUUAUUGUUGUUUAUUAUUAUUGCCAGUAUGUUAGAACUAAUUAAUGCAUUUGGGUUUAAAGGGUAUAUAUGAUUAUGACCUGUUCAGCUUUGUGACUUUUAACAUAUACAUUUUAUUUAAUCUUUACAUCUUCUUUCUUAUUGCUGUAUAUCAGCAUUGAUAAAUUUUACUUCCAGUUACUGCAUGAAUAUAUUCUUUGCAUAAUAAUGGCUUUUACUCUAUAAUACUACUACUACUAAUACUAUUACUAAUCAUAAUAAUAAUAAUAAUAAUAAUAAUAAUAAUAAUAAUAAUAAUAAUAAUAAUAAUAAUAAUAAUAUUACAUUCUCUGAUUUAAGAAGCUUUAAAGACAACCUGAAACCAGACCUGUUUGUUUGCGUGUGUUCUUAUAUUGUGCUUAAUUCAAUUAAAGUAAUAUUUUCUGUCCUUAACAAAAAUACUGUCUCUGUCACUGUGAUAGUCACAGACACACUGAAAACUAAUAAAUAA